AUGAAACAGGGCAUUAUGGAGCCUGUUCUUGACGUGGAUAAGGGGCCUUCACGAGUCUCUCGUCUGCGGAUGAUGCUCAUACCUGCUCUUACACAUCCAAAGAAUGCUGAGAUCACCGUCGCCGCGGAGCCCCCAAUUGCCUUCGUAGGCCCCAAAGUGUUUAUUUGCCGCAGACGCACAGACGGUACAACGCCUCCAACCGGCCCGCUGAAAGCCAUUCAAACUGUUUUCCGCAAACUCAAGACGAAACAGCGGAAAGGGGCGGAGAACACAAACCACCACCAGCAGCAGGAGCUGACAGCCUCAAACGUUCCAACUCCCCAAACAGAGACGCAGUCGUAUACCACUGAGCCCCCAUCUGACAGGCUUGCUCAGGAGCAGGACGCCGACAACUCUCUCCAUGGGACUGACGGCAACAGCAACGGCACUAAGCAGAUCACAGAAACAACUGGACAAGAGAACGAGCACUCGUUUGAUGAUAUUCCGCAUACUGUGAUGCCCGGCAUGAAGAAUGGAUUCGCACUUCCCCAUGACUGCCCGACAAUCAUAGAAGGGGAGGAAUGGGGCUCAGGGGACUGUAGCGACCCAGAGGAAGCAACGCCACAGCCCCAUAGAUGCACACAGGCGACAUCAUCGUCACAUGCACUGGCAGAAGAUGUAGGUGCUUCUGCUACAUUAGAAUCAACCCCGACGCAUAUGCAAACUCCCACCAUCGAUGGUUCCGUCCUCCAGUCUGGUGCUGCUAUGAAAGACAAACAACAUAGGUGCCCAGGGAGAAAAGCAGACUGGAGCUGGCAGGCAGUUCUGAGUGCCCCCUUUAAAGCAAGCAAAAAGCAAUUGGCUUAUUUGAAUCAUCCCUUCAUGGACUGUACUUGUGAAGCACUUCAUCGUGAACCCGACUGUGCACAACACUUGCAGCCAGCGGCGACUCAACAGCCAGAUGAAGCAGUUAAUGCACCUUCAAAAGAAUCAUCUCUCAUAGGGCAAUCGAAUGAUACAAGUGGCGAGGCCGAACAAAACAGAGCUGCAGGUGAGCGUCUCCACAACCCUUCGGGAACUCCGCCUCAGUUACAAGGACGAAGGCAAAGAGAAGGGGAAUCAAACAGUGGGGGUUCGUCUUCGGUAAUUGCCGGCUUCAUGGAAAAGGUGGUUUCCGUUUUGGAAGGAUCUGCAGCCAUAUUGAGCUCUUGUGGUACAGCUGAUAUUAUUGAUGAGAGUCAGCUGGUGGUAUCCAAUGCACGCAUGGCCACCAGGAGCCGCCAGGGUUCACCAUCUUCCCGCAACAGCAAGACAACAGUAUAUCAAAGCAAUGGAAGCGCUCCCAGCCUCCAGAUGCAGGAAAAGCAGCAGUCAAACGUAGAUUCUGAGGUCAAAUGCUCGCCUAGUGCUCAAUUCGUUCCUGUCCAGCCCACACCAAACGAGGACGAAGAAACACGUAAUCAUAGCUGUUCUCCAGGCGAAGACAACACAGGAACGGAUGUGAAAGGUGAAUACAAAAACAGCGAAAAAGACGAGAAAAUUAAAGGCCAAGAACCCCCCAAGAAAAGCGCACAGAGCGAGGUACCUGCAGCCUCAGAAAAGACGUUUCCCUGUGUAGACAAAGCAGAAAGCAAAAGCGUAAGUUGCCUCACGGACGAGCAGGAAGCGAACAUCGACUUGUCCAGUCAUUUCCCGAUUCAUGAUGCGUUUUCAACAGAAGUGCAGUUGCCAAAAGUGCCAUCGAGCAUAGUUAAACAACCUACAAUGUUUCCUAAGGCCGCCGUAAUGAGGUUUUCUGGUUCCUACAUCACAGCAUGCACAGCCGAAGGGGCGCGUGUGCACAUCCAACAUUUCGAGAGCAAUAAGGCACACAUAGUGAACAUUGCGAGGUGUACGACGACAUUUGCUGGCCUUGACAAAGCCCGACAUGCACUCAAUAAAACCACGUGGGAUCAGCAAGCAUCUGGGGAGAUCCAAGCUCACAGCGUAGUGUUGAAUGCAUGCCUUGACGCAGCCACAAAGAACAUGCAAACAAGCCCAUGCAAAUCGGCCGCACGCAUUCACAACGAGGAACUUAUAGAAAACAAGGCAACAAAUUCGCCUCUUCGAAGCUUGAUAAUGAUAUCGGAGAAAAAAGAACAUGGCCAAUUGCAUCCUCCUCUCCCAAAGGUUGAAAAUUUCACAGAGGAAAAUUAG